AUGGUUCCGAUUCGCCAACUUCCCUCUGUGUGGGAGUUUUCCUCAUUUGCAGAACGAGGCUCGUCUUCUGGCGUCACCACAGUGGAAACACAGCGGCAGAAAAUGGAGAGAGUGAAGCGAGAAUUUUUAUCUAAAAACUUGAAAAUGUAUCGACUUGUUAUCGGAUAUUUCUUAAUUGAUGCUCUCUUCCAAAGUUCUUUAGCUAUGGAUGUUUCAAAAAAUUUUAAACACGUCACUUGUGGCUCAAUAUUAAAGUUGCGGAAUAUGAGGCAAAAUGUGCGAUUGCAUUCCCAUGAUGUGAAAUAUGGGUCAGGAAGUGGUCAGCAAUCAGUAACAGGUACAGAACAAAUAGAGGAUCAUAACAGCUACUGGACAGUCAGAGGAAAACAUCAAGGACAUUGCAAUAGAGGCGAACCAGUAAAAUGUGGAGAAGUUAUAAGACUUCAGCAUCUAUCAACAAAAAGAAACCUUCAUAGUCAUUUGUUUCAGUCACCGAUUUCAAGAAAUCAGGAAGUGAGUGCUUUUGGAGAGAAUGGGAAUGGUGACACAGGGGACAAUUGGGAAGUUGUUUGUAAAAGCAAAAAGUGGAAGCGAGAUGAGAAGAUUAAAUUUAAGCACACUGACACAGGAAUGUAUCUUCAAGCAACUGGAGAGCAAUAUGGAAGACCGAUAGCUGGACAACGUGAGAUAGUUGGCGCUCACUAUGGAGACGAUCCUGGCUGCCUGUGGAUAGCAUCUGAAGGCGUCUAUGUUAGCUCAGAGAAAAAGAAGCGAUAAACGUUUGUGGAAUUAGAUUUUUAUAUAUGAAAGUUCUUAACUAAUUUUGAAAACAAAGAUUAGUGUCUACA